CAACCCGCUGACCGGUCCUCCCCUCAUGCUUCUCCUCGCUGCCCUCCUCGUUGUACGCCCACUCGACGCGCUAGUCUGCAUAUCCCACUAACAGUAGCCCAGCUCUGCGCUGGUGCUGCGGCGCUCGCGAUCCCUGUCGAUCCUAGGGCGGCAUGCGCUCCUGUGAUGCUGAUCCAUGCUCCGGGGACGAGUCAGCAAGGGCUCGAUUCUGUUGGGGAGCCGUUGGCAGCGGGGCUCGCUAGAGAGAUCCCUGGGCUGACCUCGCUGGGUUUGCCUUAUAAUACAUCUGCCGAAUAUCUGGUCACGCCAGCUCAAGGGGCAAGCCUCCUCGCGGACACCCUGGAGACUCAAGCUGUCGCAUGUCCUGAUCAGCGCUUCAUACUGAGCGGGUACUCAAAGGGGGCGAUGGUAGUGCAUCUGACCAGCCUCGACCUGUCCGACGAAGAGAAAGGCAAGGUCUGCGGCGUAUCAGUCUUUGGGGAUCCAUACGAUGAGGACGGCAUACUCGGUCUUCUUGGCCUAGACGAUGAUUGGCCAAUUCAGGAUCCUGUCGUCGGGGGCAAUGUCAUAGAGUUCUGCAACAAGAACGAUAUCUUCUGCGACGGCGGCCUCGAUGUAGACGCGCAUCGAGCCUACCCCACCGACGGGUCCGUCGACAAGGCUGUCGCGUUCUUGGCGCCAUUGUGUAGCUGAGUGAAGCUGCUGUCGAGCGGAGAGGAGGAAAGACGCUUUUAUGACCAGAAAUGCGCUGUAAUUCUCGGGAUAUCUCACAUUACUAUGGUAUAUCGCCCAAUGAUCAGUCCAAACUAUUCC